UCUUCAUUUUUUUCAGAUUUGGGAAAGUAGAAUUCAAAAGCUGCACACAUCUCUUCGGCUUCAAACUCAGUUCCUAAUGAAGGAAACCUCAAACAACCGUCAAAGUCUCGAGAAGACUCUCCCGCCUCAUCCUCACCUACCCAAACUCGAGCCGCCACGUGGCACUCGCGUCUCGUCCGAAGAAGAAUCAACGCCCCAGGAGAAGAAAUUCGCCGCCAUCGAUAUGAUGAGACUCAUCCGUCAAAGCCGUAACGCGAUCUCCAAACGCAUCGCGAAUCUACAACAGAAGGGCGACGUUUCGUGGAAGAAGGAUCUCGAUAAAUCAUCGGACGUGACGGAGUUCGAAAUCUCCGGAGUAAAGCUUCUCGUGAAGCUGAAAAGCGAAGAAGGAGACGAGAUCAGAGGACGAGUCACUUUCUUCUCGAGAUCCAACUGCCGAGACUCCACCGCCGUCCGAUCGUUUCUCCGGGAGCGAGGAUUCGAUUUCUCGGAGAUCAACAUCGACGUGUACACGCACAGAGAGGAGGAGCUGAUCGAAAGAACGGGAGGGACCUCUCAGGUGCCUCAGAUUUUCUUCAACGAGAAACACUUCGGAGGAUUAACGGCGCUGAACUCGCUGCGAAACAGCCGAGAAUUCGAUCGGAGGAUCAAGGAGUUGCUGGCGGAGAAGUGUCGCGGCGAUGCGCCGUCGCCGGUGAUGUACGGUUUCGACGACGAGGAGGAAGGCGAGGGCGUUGGUGGUGUUGAUGAGAUGGUGAGGUUCGUUAGGGUUUUGAGGCAGAAGCUGCCGAUUAAGGAUCGGUUGAUGAAGAUGAAGAUCGUCAAAAACUGUUUCUCAGGGGCCGAGAUGGUCGAGAUAUUGAUUCAUCACUUGGAUUGCGGGAGGAAGCAGGCCGUCGACAUUGGCAAGAGGCUAGCCAAGAAACACUUUAUCCACCAUGUAUUUGGAGAAAAUGAAUUCGAAGACGGAAACCAUUACUACCGUUUCCUUGAGCACGAGCCAUUUAUUUCAAACUGUUAUAAUUUUAGAGGCUCUACAAAUGACAUGGAACCCCAAGAUGCAGUCAUGGUUGGUCAGAAGCUAUUCAAAAUCAUGACUGCUAUCGUCGAGUCUUAUUCAUCUGAUGACCAUUCUCGCGUUGAUUACGCUAGAAUCAGUCAGAGUGAAGAAUUUCGAAGGUACUUGAAUUUGGCUCAAGAUCUACAACGGUUGAAUCUUCUCGAACUUUCAACAGACGAGAAACUAGCAUUUUUCUUGAACUUGUACAACGCAAUGGUGAUCCAUGCUUUGAUCAGAAUCGGACGUUCCGAUGGAAUGAUUGCAAGAAGAUCCUUCUUCACCGGUUUUCAGUACGUUGUAGGAGGCUACUCUUAUUCUCUUAACUCCAUAAGAAACAACAUCCUCCGAGGCGCUCAUAGACAGUCGUAUCCAUUUAUUAAACCGUUUAUGAGAGGCAGCACACAUCAUGAGCUUAGUCAUCAAAAACUGAAUCCAUUAGUACAUUUUGGGCUUUGUGAUGGGACCAAAUCCAAUCCAGUGGUGAGGUUUUUCACACCGCAAGGAGUUGAAGCUGAGCUCAAACGAGCAGCUAGAGAAUUUUUCCAAAACGGUGGAAUUGAAGUUGUCUUGGACAAGAGAGUCGUUCAUCUAUCAAGAAUCAUCAAGUGGUAUAAGGAGGAUUUUAGUGAAGGGAAAAAAUUGUUGAAGUGGAUAAUGAGUUAUGUAGAUGCAAACAAAGCAGGUCUUUUAACCCAUCUCCUCGGUGAGGAUGGAGGAGGUUAUGUUCACAUCGUCUACCAAGACUAUGAUUGGUCUAUCAACAGUUGAAACUAGUAUCUAACUAAUAAUCCAUAUCAUUGAUAUUUUGUAUUGAAUCUUUUUUGACUGUGUUCAUGCAUGGUUCACUAGCAAAUUACUAUUUGAAUAUUAUGUACAGAUCAAUUUAGUUUAUUAGAGCACCCGCAACGCGGGGUACAUGGCUCUGAUUCCUAAAAAAAAACAUUAAAAUAUUUGUUGUACUAGGGGUGGUCCGGCGCUACGCGCCGGUGUCAGAUGUUGGUUGGUAUAAAAUGUUGUGAAGAUUUUUUUAUCCAUUUGGUUGUAGAUGAUGACGAAGCGGUGGACAUAUUGACUGAACUUUGUCUUCUCCGGGAGCUCACUUCAACUGCUUUCAUUGCCAAUUCAACUGGAGUCUUAACCAUGUUUCCCCAAAAUCUAGAAAGCAGAGAUACAACGAUAUAGAUCCUGUAUCAGAUUUUUGUAGUGAAGACUGCAGUGGGCUAUUUGUAAUGUUUAAUUAUGAUUUUUCAUUACCUUACUAUAUGUUUUGGAAUUCACAUGGGAUGCCCAUAGACACCUUUCAACUGUUACUGUUUUAUUGAAGUUAGCAUUUGCUCACAAA